GAGAGAGGGAGUCAGUGAAUUCAUUUGUUUGGGGAUGACAGCUACUUGAUAGCUAGCUAGCCUGCAGAAGAACGAGUGACAGUCGAGUCACUUGAAUGUGUCCGUACAUGCAUUCUCCGCUCCACGAAACCAAAAGCGGUAGUCUCCAUCCUGUAGACAUGAUGUAUCGAGGCGACUAAUGACAGGGUGGCCUUCCAGUACGUCGCCUGUUUCGAUGGUUUCUGCAUUUGUCAAGGUGGUGGCAAAAAGGGAAAAUAGAGCAAGAGAUCCGAUUGUCAUGUUGGAAGGUGAUUCGGGACGGUGUGCUUUGGUGCGAGUUGUGUCGAGGUUUGAUUUGUGACCCUUUUGGCAUCAUCUCUCUCGCAUUGCUCCUGCUCGGGUCCUCUGACGUCACCGCAUUCCCCCCAUCACCCGUUGUUGCGCAUGCUUCUUCGCCCUGCCUUCACACGCCUCAAGUUGAAGGUGCACUCUGAUCUGUUCGAGAGGACUUCGAAGACAUCGAGACAGCGAGCAAACAUCCUUGUAAUCCUUCUCGAACCGUCAUACAUGUACUUUGUCUAAACAAUCUCAACAUGCGGACCCCACUAGCUGUGGUUGUGCUGCUCGUCAUGUGGGAGACAUCGGCGGGCCUUUCUUCUUCCACCACAACAAACCCCAAAGUGGACACUACUACCAGUACUGCUUUGUCCAAGAAGUGGAACCGACGAGAUGUCUUCUGGCACCUGGCGACGACAGCGACGACGAGUUCUCUGCUGGUUCUACUAGUACCUCCUUUCCACCAAGAAGCGAGAGCCAUUGGAGAAGGAGAACAACGCAUGGUUCUUCGUGAAAAGCCCACAGCCCCCAUAGGAGCCUUACUGCCAGCCAUUCAACAACGACUCUUGUUGCAAGCGGCCUUGGAAUUGGCUCAAUCAUCACAACAACCACAACAACUCGAAAAACUCCAAACCAUUUUACCACCUCUGGAUGACCAAUCCUCCAAGAGGGGCACCAGCCAAGAUGUCCGAGUGUUACAGCAAUACAAUCCUGCCAAAGUCCUGCGAGGCGAUUUGAUUCGAGCCUGCAUGAAUCUGUAUACCACCAAUCUCAAUUACGACAAACUAUUGCAAACAGCAAGGGAUGAUGCUGCCUAUACCGUUACGGAUCCCACGUGGAAGAAAUCCUACAUUCGAGCCAAUGAUGGUUUGCCCGACAUUCAAAAGGUGAUUGGAGCGGAUUUGGAUUUGCGAUAUCUCUAUCGGAACCAGGUAGAACUCAAAGUGGACGAUGCUGCUGCUGAACUCUAUUAUGCUUCUGACAACAACAACAAUAUUGACAGGGAGGAACUAAUAUCGUUGCUGCGCGAAGCCACACUGGCAUUCGACCAGUGGUUGGAUCGGAUACGUUAUGGGGAUGUGCGAGAUGCCUUGGAAGCUGCCUUGUCGGGCAAGACCACACGGGUCUACGAUAGUUGGGCGUCGGGGUUUCUGCCGUCACAACCAAAAUGAUAGUGCCAGGGUGGGGACCCUAUAUAUAAAUCUAUGAUGAGAGACGGUGGAAUGACACUAUUACUAAUGGAACGUGCUGCAUGACGCCCUUGCCUGAAGCACCCGAUCAACAAUUGACCGAAACUCAGAAACAAUUCACACACAGACUCGACUCGACUCGAACAUGACAAUCAUGGGAACUUGUUGCCAGUCCUCAUUGUAUUGCUAGCUACUCUAGUAUUGAUGCAGGCUCUCCUCGGGCAGCAGUUGGGGAUCAUUAUUACAGACUACCAUACUAGCUAGCUAGUAACUCUAUCGAUGUUACCAGGAAUCGU